AUGAAUGACCCUAUAAGCAAGGUGGAGAGUUUUGUCAGAGCGCUUGAAGAGAACUUGCUGCCGGAACAGCAAUAUUAUUCUCAAAAUUAUGAAAACAAUGUACUUUCGUUGCCCCCUUUUUUCCAUGGGAGCUACACUCAGGCUCUUUACAUGGCUAUUAACAGAGGGAAGUUUCUAUAUGUCUACCUCACAAAUCCCAGCAACGAAAGCUCGAGCUCAAUUUUCGACCGCAUAAUAACCAAUCCUAAAUUCAUAUCAAUCUUCACCACGGAAAACAGAAAUAACCAAAACAUAAUCUGGGGAGGAGACCUAACGAACCUGGAAGCAUACCAGUUGGCCAAUAGCUUGAAUGUAACAAAGUUCCCAUUCUUGGGUCUACUAUGCCUCACAAGAACAUCGACUAUGACACCACAGGGCCCAUCUAAAACGCCUCCCAAAAUCUCGUUGAUUCUGAAGAUUCAGGGUGGAAUUAGUGACGAUCAGGACCCUAACAAAGUCAUCCAAAGUAAGUUUAUCAAGAGGACUCUCAAGUACGAGCCUGAAUUAUCUUUGAUAAGAGCUGAGCUCAAAGAAAAGUAUAUGGCGGAGUUGGUACGCAAACAGCAGAACGCAGACUACCAGCAGUCUUUACUCAAAGAUAAACAAAAGAAGGCACAGAAGGAACGCAAGAAGCUUGCCGCUGACUAUCUACGCUGGAAGCAGUUGCACAUCCAGAAGCUCAGGCUGCAACAAGCUGAUAGACAGCAUAUGGCCAAGAUCGCCAUCAAGAUGGCCGGGGGCAACCGUGAGACGUUCUAUUUUCCUGAAGAUUCACCAAUUGAGGAUAUUUAUUUGUACGUGGAAUUACACCAAAAGAGUCUAAUUGAUGAAGAAGCCAAUUUCACCGCUACGGGACGCGAGGCCGAAAAGUUCAAGGAUUUCGAGUACCCAUAUCAGUUUCGUCUCGUGUCACCCGUGCCGCCUUUGCCCCUGCUUAAUGACUAUGACAAGAGUACCAAAGUGAAGGAUGUGAGCUUCAUCUAUCCAAGUGGGCUUCUUAUGGUGGAAAGGCUCUGA